AUGGCGCAGCACUUCACCACCACCACUGCCUACUGCGCCGACGCCGACCACGCCACCAACGCAGUGCCGUACCCCACUCCGCGGCUCGACGACGGGCCAACGACCCUCCUCGGCCUGUUCGGCCCGUGCGAGUCCACGCCGCCCUCGGCCUGCGCGGCGUUCCCCCCCUCCCCGCCGUCCUUCUCCUCGUCGCUCGCGCGCCGCUCAGCCUCCCCGCCACCGCGGCAUGCGCGCGCGCCGCCCGCGCCGCUGCUGCUGAGCUGCGAGUGGUCGCCCGUCGUCGAGCUGGACGACGAGCUUCUCCCCGUGCCCUCGCCGUCGAUGCUGCGCGCGCCGCGCAUCGCGCCGCGCGAGCUCGCCCUCAGCCCCACCACGCGGUCCUGGGACGUCUCGCGCGCCGGCACGCCGCGGUCCGCUGCGAUCCCCGUGCCGCCCAUUGAGGGAACCCGCCCGCCAGCGAUGCCGCGCUACUCGGCGCUCGGGCUCGAGAUCGCCUCCGGCAGCAGCCCAGUACGCGCGUCCGCGCCGUCGCCCUCCCCGCCGCACUGUGCGUCGCGCAAGCGCCGCCUCGCGUCCGCGUCGGAUAUCGAGUACCACCGCGACGUCGCGCAGCGCGUAGACGAGCCCGAGCUCGAGUCGCGCGUGAGCCACUGGUGGCGCGCGGUCGCGGCCGCCACGAGUGGCGGGAACAACACGCCGGUGCGCUGCUCGUCGAGCGCACACCUCCCCCUCCAGUCGUGGGGCCACGAGCUCAGCGCCGCGCUGAGUAUGCUCGACUCGCCGCGCUCGUGUACCGGCGCUUUGCGCUGCGAGCCCUUCGCGCGCACGCCCACGCCUGCAACGUAG